CGCUUUGGGGUCUGCCUAAACGUUACAGAAGAAGAUCAUGCUUCCAUGACACUUGCUACUGUUUAUUAUCUGUCAUAUAUUCUUUGUGCCGGAGUAACCCGUGUAUCUGCUACACUACAGGAGUAAACAAAUGGCCUUCGCUCUGCCGGUGUGGCUCGCGGUCCAGGAAGAGCUCCUCGCGCAAGGCGAUGCGGACUGUGCGACCCCCAGCUGUUUCGACGAGUUCGACGACGAAGCUUUGUUCCAGGUGUUCCACCUCACCAGACCCUGCAUCGCGUUCAUCACAGACGCUGUCCGCAUCCGGAUGAAAAACGUCCCUAUGAAGAAACCGGCAAUGUCCGUGGACGCCACGGUCAUGGUGGCGCUGAACUACUACGCACACGGAGUGUCCUCCGUUGAUGUCCUGCAGAGAGUCGCACAGAGCCAGUCGGACUGCCUCGCGAUCAUCUGCACAGUCUCCAGAGUCUUCGCCGGGAUGUCCGACCUCUUCAUCUCGUUCCCACUUCUCCGCAAUGCCAGAGUAAAUGUCGCCUCCAGAACUGAAAAAUUAUGCCGGAUCCCCAACGUGCUGGGCGUCCUGGCUCCAGCUCACUUCAAGAUCAGAGCUUCUCCGUAUGAGAAGGAGACUUUCAGGUCUUUUGUCAACACCUUGGGGUACACAUCGGUGGUGAGCCAGCUCAUAUGUGACUGCGACGGCAACAUACUGAGUGUUGAAAAGUGUUGUGUGGGCAGCACGUUUGAGCAGGAAAUGUGGGACUCAUCGUUCAAAGGAAAGGAGAUGGAGGAGGAACUGCACGGACCAUUUUGGGUUAUUGGUGGGAAAGGCUACACCUUAAGCAAACAUGUGUUGACUCCUGUGUCAGAACCUGCAAAUGACAGAGAGACCCGCUUCAACGAGGCCCACACGAAGAUCCACAACGUCAUGCGGACGACGCUCGGCUCCAUGAAGAGGCGUUUCAGGUGUCUGAUGCAACUUGGUUUUGCACAAGAAGGCUCUUUGGACAAAAAGUCCAACAUUAUCAAAGCGUGCAGUGUCCUGCACAACAUUGCUAAGAAGUUCUCCGUCCCUCCCCCGCCUGUAGCUGGUAAAAUUGAGCCCCUGCAUCCAGGCAAGAAGCAUUCGGUGCCAAGCGAGAUCAACCCCGAGGCCCUAAAGUGCAGACAGGAAAUCAUCGAUGGUAACUUCUCUACGGUCUCCAUGAGCCAGGACCACGUGUUGGCUUUUUCAUCUUGUUUUCAGACUUUGUAAAAACACAUUCAGGUAUUUUUGUUAUUAAAAAGAUUUUUCCCGUGUACAAAUAGAAAGUCUUUCUUUUCUACCAACGUUUAUUAUUCUUAAUAAAUGUCAUUUUUAAACAUUC